UACCGUCAGUUAGCAACCGGCUCUCUUUCCGUGCACAUCGCUCACCGUAACAACCCUCCUGCACGUAAUGUCCAGUGUAACCUGAUUCGUGUGAUCUUCCUAGUUAUUUUUUUUUUAUUUUCCCGAGUGGUCGGUGUUUAUGUGAACGAUAUACGCAUACAUAGUUAGCCUUCUAUUUUCUUUGACUCCUGUCUUGCUGCCGUGGGUACGAAAAGAAAAGCCGAGUCUGCCUAAAAUCCCGAUACCCGCUCGCGCCAGGGUACCAACAAUAUUUCUGUGAUAUUUAUUAUGACUGGUAAUUUCUCACCGGUGUUCCACGAGUGUGACAACUCACGGACGUUCAAUCCCAAAGGAAAACCUACCGCCAAAACUAACCGGUGAAACCAAAAGAGAGAAAGAAAGAAAGAGCGAGACCGAGUUUCUCGUCGUUGAAGAUCGCGUAUUAUUUUCACGACUACCAAUUUUUGUACGAGAGACCAAGAGCGAGAGAGAGAGAGAAAGAGAGAGUGAGGGGGAGAAAGAGAGCUUUAAAGCCAAGAACAGCCAUUUUUUUUUUAUUAUUCAACUCGUAUACACUACCGAAGUCUUUCAUAUUAUAACUUUACACGUACAUAUAUGUACAUAGAUAUAUAUAUUAAAACAUAGUGUAUUUAUUAAAAUCGUCCAAAAUUCCUGUGGCUAACGUGACCGAGUCUUACCCGAGGGCGGAUACAAUCGCGAAUUGUGGUGGUGCCGCCAACAUGGGUCAGAUUGGAAAUGACACUCAUAUUUUGUUGAUGGAUGCGUUUCUUCAAAACAACAGACUGGACCAUGUCUCCAGAGUGAUGGCAUCGCAUCCCUCGUACUUAGAACACUUUCUUCGUACUCAACAUUUCAUCCUGAGGGGCGACGGGCCUCUCCCGUACGACUACAGACAUCUGAUCGCCAUUAUGGCCGCAGGUAGACAUCAGUGUAGCUAUCUUAUAAACCUGCAAAAGGGAGAGUUCAUCCUCCAGGGAGGCGAUUCAUCGUGGCUCCGAGGCUUGAAAUCGAUUCCAGGAAAACUUCAAGAUCUCUAUGAGAUUAACAAAAUUUUAGCUCAUAGACCGUGGCUGUUGAACAAAACGCACAUAGAGAAACUGACUAAGGGCGCAGAUAGCUGGUCCCUAGCCGAAGUGGUUCACGCGAUAGUCCUUUUGGCCCAUUUCCACUCCCUUUCGUCUUUCGUCUUCUCCUGCGGAAUCAACGAGGAGCUGGACAACAUCACCGGACAUCAUUACAAAGAUAAUGUCCAGGAAAAUAGCAAUAACCUACCAACUGCCAAAGACAAACUUUCCAGUAGUCCCAAAAAGAUUCCCAACGGUGAUGGCAAGACUGAAAACAUACCAUCGCCACCAUCCUCGCCAAGCAUAGUCGGUGAACAAGAGGUCGGCGUCGAGGCGCUGAUGGAGCGCAUGAAGCGCCUCUCCGAGAAGUCUGAAUCUUAUCAGAUCACUCAGGAAGAGUUGUCGAAGAGAUUCGAGACCGUGGAGACGCAAUCGGCAGAGCUCGCUGCAGCACCACAGAGGAGUUCAGUCCUCGACUCUGACAUCGGCCACUUCAUAGAGGAUCCCACCUUCAUUUAUCAAGACUUUGCUAAGCGCGGUCAGUUGAACGACAUACCGACGUUCCGCGUUCAGGACUACUCCUGGGACGAUCAUGGUUAUUCGCUCGUUAACCGACUUUACAACGACGUCGGCUACCUCCUCGACGACAAAUUCAAGACCGCUUACAAUCUGACAUACUACACGAUGGGCACGCACAGCAAAGUGGAUACAUCGCGUUUCAGACGGGCCAUUUGGAACUACAUUCAGUGCAUGUUUGGCAUCAGACAUGACGAUUACGAUUACAACGAGGUCAACCAGCUCCUCGAGCGAAGCUUGAAGACGUUUAUCAAGAGCGCCGUCUGCUAUCCGGAACGUGUAACCAAAAGGGAUUACGAUCGCGUCAUGAGGGAGUUCAAGCACAGUGAAAAGGUCCACGUGAAUUUGAUGAUUCUGGAGGCGCGUAUGCAAGCUGAGCUGCUGUACGCGCUCCGCGCGGUGAUGCGAUACAUGACCUAAGCGAGGCCCGCGCCGCUCCCUUCGUCUACUUGCUGUCAGUCAGUUUGUCGUCGGUUUUUAUUUUCAAUCGUAUAAACUCGCAGCACGGAUUCGCGAAGAGGUGUCUUUGCGGACUCUGCACACGGCGCGGAAGGAACGAGCGAACGCGACACCGAUAUCCUCUCUCUUUCUCUCUUCCUCUGGCACGCAUACACAAGUACACACGAAGUCGUAGUAUAUGCAUAAAUCGUUGUAUCUCCGACACGGUGAUACGCGCACACACAGAUACGCAACACGUGCGCGAACGCAUACAAGGAUUCAAACAGAAGAUUUACGUUACACCGACGACAUUGGGCGCGCUGAGGAAGAAAAUGAAGGGGAAGAUGAAGAAAAUAAAGAAGAAGAAGGAGAAAUCAAACCGGACCCGCGCCCUCCACGAGUGUCUUCAAGGUAUCCACCAUUUGCUCGUUGUUGGUAACAUGAAAUGCAGUCAUCUCUUUGAUGAGAAAGUUGCGAUCAAGGGGAGUGAGAGAGCUGAGAAUGACGAUGCUGUGUCUAAAGUGUCGACGAGGAACGAAUUCCGUGUAAAGACGUUGUUCGAGCAAGAAGAAGGAAGAAGAAGUGGAGCGCCGUUUUCGUUUCCACGCCUCUGAGACGAGGAGAUCAUUUUUGAAGGAGACCCCUGGUGGGGAUCGGAUCACUAAGAGAGAACGAGACAGAGCAAGACGUGAAUACGAGAGAGACGCGACAAGAGCAGCGGAGGAGAUUUGUUUUGUAAAUAGACACUCGUAUUUUUUUUUUAUGUUCGCGAUUAAUCGUAGUAAACUGCUAUUCGCGCGUUUUAUUAAAAUUUCAGAUCUACAGAA